GAGCGCCGGCACCGACGCCGCACCGCUGUCCACGGGCCGGAUGCGGAAGAAGAGCAAGUACCUGUCGCCGCCGUACACCGAUCUGAUCUCGGCCUCUGCCCUCGACGAGAAGCUGGCUGAUUCGCCCAAGGAGGCGCCGCCGGGUUCCACCAAGAAGGAGAAGAAGGCGGUGCCGGACAAUGUUGACGUGGGGGAGGUCCUGGAGCUGCUGCGUAGCCUCGGGGUAGGCUUCUUCCAUGACACCCAGCUCCCCGAGGCGGCAGAGCGGUUCCUUGGCUCGCUUAGAACCAAAACAUUCGCUGGUGUAGAUGUUGCUGGGUUGGUCUCCGACCCUGCUGCUGCUGUGAAGCUUGGGAAGAGUGUGUUGGAGAGGAGCAGGAAGAAGGAUGAUGUUGCGGCUGCCCGUUCUUCUACCAGGAGGAAGAAGAAGAUUGAGGAAGGUUCUCCUAUGGAUAUGCUUGAUUUCCCCGCGGAGAAUGCUGUUGCAGAAGAUGGUGCUGCCGAUGUUGCUGCUUUGGGUUCUGAUUCAGCUGCUGCUCCUGAACAAGGGAAGGCUGUAAGGAAGAGGGGCAGAAAGAAGAAGGAUCAAGAUGAGAGUGGUGCUUCUUCUGUCAAGACGAAGAAGAAGGUGGAGGAAACCUCCCCUAAGGCUACUCCUGAACUUCCAGCGGAGAAUGUUUCUGCCGACGCCAGUGUGGAUGGUACUGGUUUGGUUCCCCAUUCAUGUGCUACUGCUGCUGAACAAGGAAAGGCUGUAUUGAAGAGGGGCAGAAAGAAGAAAGAUCAAGAUGGAAGUGGGACUUCUCCUAUCAAGAGGAAGAGGAUGAAGAAAACCUCUCCGACAGCCAUCCUCGACUCUGGCUUAGUAAUUACUCCUGCUAUCCCUAUCAGGCAAGUGAGGGCAGGAGAUCUAAUAAGCCAAAUGACAUCAGGAAGUGGUGCAGGCAUGGGAGUUGGGGUUCUCGAUCAGAACAAGUUGGAACUUAAGAGUCCUGUUCCAGCUGCAAUGUCGGGAGGGACGAAAUCAGGUGAGGAGCAGGACCAAGCAGAUGGUGCAUCUGUUGUGAAGACACCAGUGACUGUUGAAGCAACGCAGCUGGGAACCCAUACAAAUGUGGACAAUGUUGUUGCUGAUCUGGCUGCCAAAAGUGUCCAGGGAGAAGAAACAAAGGCUGGAAUGGGUAUUCAGGUAGAUAUGAAUGUGCAAAGUGGUAUUGUGGAUAUGCCUAUCGCAAGUGUCCAGAUGGAAGCAAUGGGAUUGGAAACUAAUAUUCCUGUAGAUUCAAAUGAACAGGGUGUUGCGACAGAUCUGCCUGUUAUAAGUGGUUUGCUUGCUGAGGAUGGAGGCAUAUCUCAGACUGCAGAUGAAAAUACAAAUAAUGCAGAUGUAGAAGUGAGUACAGUCCAAGGUGUUGUGGCAGACGUGGCUGUUAGAAGUGGGUUUCUUCCUAUCCAUGGAGGCGUAUCCCAGCCGGCAUAUGGAUAUACAAAUAAUGGAAAUGUAGAAGUGCGUGCAGUCCAAGAACCUUAUCCUUCCCUGGGGGCAAUGAUGCCAGAAAUGUAUAGGGAAGUUGAUGACAUCAUUACUGGAACAAAUGUCACUGCAACAAACCAUGUGUUUAAAGCUGAGAGUCAAAAGGGUGAACAGACUAGCCAGCAGAAGACUACUGGUGAAGCCAUUGCAAAUCAUGCUAUUGCAAUUUCUACCAAUGGGACCUGCUCAGAUUCACCUAAUUCCACUCCUAAGAGAAGGAAUAAGAAAGCUCCACAGUACUUUUCAAAUCCAGUGGAAAUUGUGUUGCAGUUCUCAGAUGGUGUCAUUCUUCCUUCCAAAGAGGAACUACUCUCCGCAUUUAGCAAGUUUGGCAUCCUGAUCGAGCCUCUGUCUGGCAUCUUAGAAGACAUCCGCGGUGCACGUGUUGUGUUUGGGAAAAGCGCCGAAGCUGACGCAGUGUAUGCCAGGCGUGAAACUCCUGGUAUCUUCGGCCUGUUUGGCCCUCCAUUUGCCACCCUGAAGGUACUCAACUAUCUCCCCCCAUUCACGCCGAGCGUCCCUGCACCUGCACCUCCACCUGCUCUGAGACCUCCGAUCGGCGUUGCGGACAUGAAGAAAAAUGUCGAGAACAUGAUCUCAUCCCUGGCUGGUAAGCCUGCCCCGCCAUUUCUUCUUGGUGAGAUGCAGCGGCUCUUGUCGAAGAUCAACAAUAAGCAAGCUGGGCCUUCUAGCUCUGCGAUGCCUCCUCAGUAGGCCCUGUUCUAUGUUUUCGACGCUCUGGUUGGCUUCUGUAGUUAGUGAAAACUUAUUCUCAAUGCUGGAUGUCUUUUCUUCAUUAGAACUGCUUAUUUUCAGUUUAUGGUACAUUGGAUCUAUUGGCUAGUUCGGCAGCUAUGGAACAAAUGUGAAUGGUAGACUUUGUCGUGUCAUUGCUUUUGUGCAUUGGACAUCCAAAAUCGCAGUUCCAUGAUAAUCGCGUGUUUUCUGUAGUGCCAUGUGGUUGCCGCCUCUAUAUGUUAUGCAUUGGU